AUGACUCGCAGUCAUCGUGGCCGACUCGGAUAUCCUCUUUCGCGCAUACUCAAAUCUCUGGAUAUUGGUCUCAGCACGCACGACAUCCAUGAGGUGGACGCGCCUGUUCUUCUCUCAGCCCGAGGACCGCCCGACAAAGCAAGCGAUGACGACGCCGAGGAGCCAGCUCGCCUGGACACCUCCCUUGAGCAAGUGUCAACAGAUGGGGAAGCUUGCCUCCUCGCCGAGUGUCACGAUUCCUGGAUGCGAACAAGGCCACCCCCUCGCACGAACGUCAAGCAGCUCGAGGCUCGCCCUGAGUGCGCAUACUCUCUUUGGGUCACCCACGCGCGUUGUGUCCAUUGCGCGUCUCCCACAAGUGCUCUGAACCCGCGUCAAAAGGACCACGAAAUGGACGUACCCGACGCACGGGCUUUGUCCCCAUUGCGCGGAUCGCUGAACAAGCGAGUGGGCAGCGACAUCGGGGUCCUCCGCGCCGAGAAGCUUUUGUGUUCCCCAUCUCCUUGCUCCGUUAAAGUAUCGAAUGCCUCGGUCACGGGAUACACUUCAUGCCUGGAUAGGACUCCGCGACCUGGAGAAAAUGUUAGCCUGUCCAUCGAGGAUGGAGAAUGCAAACAGGGCUACGCACUACCCUCUUAUGACAAUUCUGGGGGCCGGCAGACGUCGCAUCCUCAGGAUAUGGCAACCCCUCGGGCCUAG